GCCCUUUUUGGGGCCACACGUGUACUUACCACCUUCCACUUGUACACGAUGAUACGUCGCCACGUGUCCUCCCAGUCGGCGAGGGCAGAUGUUUCCUCUGAACCACCUCCUUCUUCUUCUUCCUCCCCGAAUCGGUGUUUCUCUUCGAAGCUCAGACGAGAAUGACGCUGAAGACGAAGAGCUUUGCCUUUUCUGAAGAAGGAGGAGCAUUAAUCGAGUGGUGGAAUGAGAUUCAUUAUUGUUCAGAUCAGCGCCAGAGUCCAGUUUAUUACGUCUUAUGUGCUUCUUAUGCCUUGGUCUCUGUCGCAGCUCUGGUACAAUUGGUGCGGAUUCAAUUAAGGAUACCUGAGCAUGGAUGGACUACACAGAAAGCUUUUCACCUAAUGACUUUUCUUAUCAGUGCAACAAGAGCUGUCCUUUUCGGUUUGCAAAGAAGUAUAUUUUGCAUUAGACCUAAGGCGUUAGAGCAGGUGCUGAUGGAUCUUCCUGGUCUUCUGUUCUUCUCCACUUUUACAUUACUUGUGCUGUUCUGGGCUGAGAUAUAUAGCCAGGCAAGAAGUUUACGAGCAGAUAAACUUAGGCCUUCUUACUAUAUCAUCAAUGGAGUUAUAUACUUCAUACAGAUUUGCAUCUGGAUUUAUAUGAGCGUGAGCAAAUCUCCUGCUGGAGCAGAAUCUGCUAAACUCUUCCUUGCAGUUAUUUCGUUCUUUGCUGCUCUGGGGUUCUUGAUAUAUGGAGGGAGGUUGUUUAUCCUGUUGCUGCGCUUCCCUUUUGAAUCCAGAGGCCGUGUAAAUAAGCUUUACGAGGUUGGCUCGGUGACAUGUAUAUGCUGCACUAGUUUUCUGAUAAGAUGUGUUAUGCUUGCAUUCUCUGCAUUCAAUAAGGGCGCAGAUCUUGAUGUCUUGGAACAUCCCAUUCUUAACCUAGUUUAUUACAUGCUGGUGGAGAUUAUUCCAUCUGCUUUGGUGCUCUUCCUCCUGAGAAAGGUGCCGUCCAGACAGAUAACGGAUCAUUACCACUACCAACCCAUUAUCACAUGACUUCCCAACAACGCCUUCACCUCACAACUCUUCCUUUUUCUUUUUCUAAUUAAACAAUAUCUAUUCUCUUCCG